ACACGAUCGCGGUUUUAUUUUGGAAUUCCGCACCGAAAGUGUGGCGCUUUAUUCUCUUAACUUAACUCUGUGGAUCAAUCCAAGAGCGCUGAAAGCCAACAUUACCUGUCAGAGUGAUGUAAACUGCGGUGCCGAGAAAGAUGCAUAUCGUCUCUUAUCUGUAUAGUGUUUUUUUUUCCUUUUAAAGUAAACAAUUAUCCUACUGUCAUGUGUUUUGCUCAGUUUAUAGUCUAAACUACGUUUUAGGACCGCGAUUUCCAUAGAGAACCAGCACUUUACUGCAGGGAUCCAGCAGGAGAGCUUUUACGCGUCGCGCAUCUGUCGAUACAGAAUACAGCGUAGAAAAAUAUAGAAAUUGCACUAUUGCACUGUGGACUGAAUAAUGAGGUACGGAUUGGUGGUUAUUACAGCUGGGUUUACAGGUUUGCUCAGCUUUAGCCUCCUUGCUGUGGCUAUCGGGACUGAUUACUGGUACAUUAUCGUCGAUGUGAAUAAACCCAACUGCUCAUGUUCAGACGACUUAAGUUCACAUUCUGGACUGUGGAGAAUUAAUGAAGGACCAAACAUGAGCUCAGUCAUCCCUUUUUUCACAGCAAAUAUGUCCAGCCUGUCAGAAGUGGAAAGGCACCUUCUUGGCUUGCACAAGGUGGUGGUCAUCAUAUUGCCCCUCAGCCUGGUCCUACUGGUGUUCGGCUGGAUCUUUGGACUUGUCAGUUCGUUAGCCAGCAGUCCCAAAUUGCUGGCUGGAUCAGCAUCCUAUGUUCUCUUCUGCAGUAUUUUUACCUUGUCUGGGGUGAGCAUCUACAUCAAAUACUCGAACCUGGCCAUGGUGGAGUUCCAGCGCAUCGUGUCUCCAGAGAACCUCGCCCGUGUGGAUGUGUCCUUCGGCUGGUCCUUAAGUGCAGCCUGGCUCUCCUACAGCAUGGAGUUGGCCACUGGCCUGCUGCUUAUGCUAGCUGCCAGAAUAAGUCAAAUGAAGGGACGCUAUGACUCUGGUGUAGCCAUCGCCAUGUUAUGAAUUAAUGUUUUAUGAUGCCCAAUAAGUUUUAAAGUCUUUGAAUGUGUUUUUGCAGUGUUUUUCAGUAAAUUUAGGCUUUUGUUGCCAUAUUCCAUCCAUAAGCUAUGUAUGUGUAGCUAAUAACGUAUUCUGGAUGAGUUGAUUCAGCAGUAGGUUUUCUGUGAGACGUGUCUGUGAAACAUGGUUGUAAUUUACAGAGAUUGGCUUCAAAUUCCCUGCCCUGCAGUAUGAACACAGGCAAAACGAGAAUUGAAGUUGUAUGGGAUAAUUUCCUUUUUGAGGAGUGCUAUAUAAAUCUUUUGAGGAGGAUUUCUGCACCUCCUCUACACCCUGUGCACUGCAGUUAAAUAUGGUUCAUAUCAGUGGAUCAGGAUAUUUAAUUCAAGUGAUUCUGCAGCAGAUAACCACCAGUCAAUGGAGCCACCUAGACUCUAGCACACAGUUACAACUGGUUCAGUUUCUAGUAUUUCAUGAUGGCAAAGCUGCUGCAUUGAUGUGUUAGAGAAAAUAAGCAUUUGGCUGAUGUAGAAGUUAAGACAAUGUUGGCUUGUGACAAACUUCCUAUACCCAUCCUACUGGUAAAUGCAUGAAUCAUGGAAACAGGGCUGAAGAUCAGUGCACUCUUGGGGAUCCUGCAAAGUGUUUUCAGCAGUACAGAUGCAUGUGUUGCUGCAUGCUUUGCAGUAGUAGUAGUAUGUUUUUGCAAUGGCUAGAUAUUGUAAUAUUCUGUCUGUGCUGUCCACUUAGGAAUGAGACUUAUCUCUGCUUGGAAGUAAAAACAACAAAUACAACA